AGCUCAGAUGAUGUGAAGUAAUCAGUAAAACACAUCAAAACUGUUCAAGAUGAUUUGACUGAUUGUAGAGUUUCUCAUGAAUUUACUACAGAGCAGCUUCAUAUCAGCGCGUCUGUCAUUUAAUUACUGUUUUGUAGAGUUUGUCUUCAUAUUUGUGGACUGAAGAUGUUUCACCCUGUUUUGUUCUGUUUGUGUUUCUGGCGUCUGGUUGGUGUGUUUGGUUCUUCAGCAUAUGAAAAAUAUGAAGAAUAUGAAGGAUAUGAAAUAUUCCCAGCGCCAACGCCAGUGCCAGUGCCAACGCCAGUGCCAGUGCCAGUGUUAGUGUCAGUGUCAGUGAUAGAGGGAGAUUCAGUCUCUCUAAACUCUGAUCUUACUGAAAUAAAGGAUGAUGAUGUGAUUCAGUGGAGGUUUGGAAACACUGUAAUAGCUGACAUCAAUAAACGGGCCGACAGAAACACUGUACAUGAUGAUGUUCUUGAUGGGAGAUUCAGAGACCGACUGAAGCUGGACAAUCAAACUGGAUCUCUGACCAUCACACACACCACAACUGAACAUGAUGGAGAUUAUCAACUAAAGAUCAACCGUAAGAUCAAGAUAUUCAGUCUCUUUGUCAUUGUCCUGGUGUCAGUGAUGGAGGGAGAUUCAGCAACUCUAAACUCGAAUCUUACUGAAAUGAAGGAUGAUGAUGUGAUUCAAUGGAAGUUUGGAAAUAAAAAAACUCUGAUAGCGGAAAUUAAUAAACGGGCCAACAGCAUCACUCUAUAUGAUGUUCUUGAUGGGAGAUUCGGAGACCGACUGAAGCUGGACACACAAACUGGAUCUCUGACCAUCACACACACCACAACUGAACAGACUGGACGUUUUCACCAACAGAUCAACAGUGUGAUCAAGAGUUUCUGUCUCGCUGUCAUUGUUGACGUGGAGUUAGUGUCGGUGAUGGCGGGAGAUUCAGUCUCUCUAAAGUCGAAUCUUACUGAAAUGAAGGGUUAUGAUGUGAUUCGGUGGGGGUUUGGAUUGGGAAACACUGUACUAGUUGACGUCAAUAAAUGGUUUGACAGAAUCACUGUGUGUGAUGAUGUUCUUGAUGGGAGAUUCAGAGACCGACUGAAGCUGGACAAUCAAACUGGAUCUCUGACCAUCACAAACACCACAACUGAACAUGAUGGAGAUUAUCAACUACUGAUGUAUGCAGAAGGGAGAUUUUUCACAUCAAAAAUAUUCAGAGUUUCUGUCUAUGACCACUGGUGUGGUCCUACUGAAGCUGUGAUCCGAUUGGUUCUCUCUGCUCUGGUGGGCGUGGCUACUGUCGUCAUUCUGGUUUAUCACAUCAGAUCCAGAAGAGCUGAACAAGAUCAAGCACAUAUUCCCGCAUCAGGUAUUGAAACCUAAAGCAGAAAACUGAACUUUGAAGGUUUUUCAAGUGUGUUUUUUGUUUCUCUAGUGUUUUUGUCAUAAAUAAUAUUGAUGAUUAUUUCAGCUUCUGUAUACUUUCAGUGUCAGAUUUUUAAAAUAUAUUUUGUGUAAGGCUUUGUUUACAUU